UUUUUUCAAUUCCAGAUCUUCCAGGCAACAGCAAACGGAGAGAAAUUGCGGUCGUGCGUCACCAAAGCAAGGAUAUUCUUUAACAUGACUGAGGUCACUAGCAACUUCAUUACCGCCUACCCAACCAAAAGGAUCAAUAUUGAUAAGUUGCAGUCGUUCCUUCCCUACUCGUGGAUCUCCUCUGUGGAUCAAACAAACCUCGAACAGGGCACCGUCACCUGCAUCACCCUGGACGAAGAUUCGCCUGAAUACAAAAAGCUGGCUGAGCAAGUCGUACCUUUUCAUGACCGUGAAGGGCGUAUCUACCGUAUCAGACAAAUCGAUCAAGUGGAGAACUCGUACGUGUACCUCAUGUACUUGACCAAAAGGCAUGAGCACUAUCGAGAGUUCAUCAGCCAGGAGCACUGCUGCUUCCACGGCACCAACAGCAACAACGCGCCGAACAUUGUGGCCAACAACCUCAAUUGGCGCUUCUUCGGCAGGGCGGUUGGAUUCGUCCACGGACAGGGCGUCUACUUCUCCAAAAAGCCUCUUGUAUCUGCAGCCUAUGCUGUGAUGCACAAGCAAAAUGCCUGCAUGCUGGUGGCCAAAGUCUUGGUGGCCUCGAUGGCCGCUGGGAAUUCAAAUACCAAAUUGCCACCACAGUUCUACGACACCACAGGCACCGGAGACGACAUUCUGGUCAAGUACUCUGACAAUGAGUUCUACCCAGAGUACAUCGUCUAUUUCAGUCGCAGUGCAAAAUGAUUCCUCUGAUAUUUUUUGAUUGUACACCGAUUUGAUUGUGAAUAAUGAAAUUUGGCUCUGAUGUGCAAAUGCAAAGCAGGGAGAGUAAAGAAGGAAGACCAGGGAAGACAUGAUUUUUCCAGUACUUUGUAAUUUCAGUGUAAAUGUUAAUCGUAAAUUAAGUCACUGAAAUAUUGUAGGACUUGGAAAAAAAAUUAGUUCAAGCAAUUAGAAAUAUAAUAAGAUUCUCAUUACAUAAAAACAUGUAUUUUAAUUUUCCAAAAACUUUACAUAUAUUCAAUCAAGAAGUAACCGUCAAAUCAAAUAGGUUUAGUUACCACCCGUCAAAAUAAUAAUGUUCUAAAUUGGGCCUGUGAGGUUUUUACUUGUGGAUGCGAAGCUUUCUCAUACCGCGUCAUCAAACCCUGGAAUGACUUGCCACCCACAGUGAAGGGUAGUUCGGCGGCACAGUUUCCACCUCUGCGCAAGGUGCACUUGUGGCAAAUUUCGUCUAAUGUUUCCCCCUUUUUUAAUGGCUCUAGCAGCGGCCGGUGGCCCCUAUUUCGAAAUAUUGUGCUGUGAUUGCUAGCAAAAAGCCAUUUCUUCAUUAACACCCUAAUUGACAGUAUGUUUCUCUUUUCAAUUGUUUGCUCCGUUUUAUUCUGUACUUUUUAUUCAUUUUUUUUUCUUUUGCUGUGUUUGUGUGGAAAUGAAUCUGUAAUUCCAUGUAAUUCCUCGUCAUUAGCAAUAAAUGAGUAAAUACCAAUUA